AGGCAAGGUAAAUUUCCGGAUAAGAAACUUGAAACUUUACAGUUAGGAAUAAUAAUACCCGCAUUGAUCAGAAAAUAUUAGAGUGGGAGUUUUUUAAGAAACUACGAGUAGUUAAUUCAAUAAAAGAUUAAGAAUCUUUCAGAACUAAAAAUUCUCAACGCUUCUUUUAAAAAACGAGUUUAUGCUAAACUCCCCCUGUUAUUUGUUAAUGUCCUUGAGUCCUUGUCAUAAAUUCCUAUCACAAAACUGCUGUGAAGUAAGAACACAUUGCAAAAGCUGCAGUAGAAGUAUUUGAUCAAAGAAGAGUGUUUCAUCUUUCGAAUCAGGCAUAUGCACAAGUUUGUUCUCAAAUCAUCAUUUCAAUUGUAAAGAAUGAAAAGACAUUUGGCCCUCUGAAAAUUGUUAGUGGUUUUCUUCGAUCAAGAACAAAAAUAAAAGGCUCAAAUUCUCGGUGCUUCUAUAUCGUGAAAAAAUGUAUUUUAGAUAAAAUUGAUCAACUGAUCUGAAAGAAUACUACUAAUCAUUAAGUAUAUCUAAUACUGGUUUUGCUUAAAUGUUGCUUUACUUCUAACAGUAAGUUUAAAUGUUUGUUUCAUGUUAAUCAAAAUUUAGAGAUUUAGGCUUUUAUGCUUUAGGCUAAUUAUUGAGUAAAGUUUUGGUAAUUAUAAAGAAAAUAGAAUAUGGUGUUCGGGCUAUUCACAAAUAUCAAUUUGGUAGGUACAGUACUGGUCGAAUGAAAUAUUUCUCACUUAAAGUUGGAAUUUUCAUCCUUCCACGCCCCUCCAAAAUUAGCAACUUAUUUUCGUCCCUGCAGGCACCGAGGUUACAUUCAUUCCAACCUGAAAAAUUAGGCCUACCUGAAAAAGUACUCCCGAUCGUGAAUCCUCAGAUCCUUUGUUAGUGUGUGAAACGCACCGUGCUCUUCUCUUCUCUGAAUAAAUUUUCUCACCCAAAACCUAUGUUUUUUUCUCGCACGACGUUCUCUAACUCUUUUCAAUAAUGCAAUAGUAAUAAACAAGCUCGAUUGCAGUAGAUAUUGCUGGUUGAUUCCAGCCAUUUUAAUUUUGGCGCGCCCAAAGUCAAAUCAUUAAUCGCGGGAAUCGCAAGGAUCGCAUUGUAUUUCUUGCGAUCCUUGCGAUCAAAUGGAAACCAGGCUUUAAGGAACAACGAACUGUUUAAACACGUUAAUGAAUUUCUUCUCCCUCUCCAGAAUCGGCGUCUGUCUCUUCACAUGCGGCGUAGUCUUUAAUAUUUUCCCAAUCUACACAUUUGCAUAGUUCAGCGCAUGACAGCCCAUUCUUCAAACACGAAGAGCUUCCUCGUCCCUUGCAUCGAACCUUGCAUCCGCAUUUGACAAGUUCAAGAACUGAUUGCGGGGCUGGCAGCUCAAGGCACUUUAUCGGUACUUCCAUACCCUCAUCCAUUUGCCAACCGUUUCCCACAAGAGGUUGAAUUUCAUUAAUCGCAGUUGUAUAUUCCUUUAAAAUUCCAGCAAUAAAACUUGCUCUUUGUAUGUGGCGAAUCAAUGCUCCUAAAGUUGGAGGUAACUUUUCUGGUUCCAUGUUUUUUCUGCUAAACUCUCAUUUUCUCCCUAAAUUCACAUUUUGGUACCCGAUUAUUUGUAUAUACAUGUAUCGAUGUCACAAAUUCAAUGUAUAUCUAUACACAGUCUGAAUAACCCCAAUACCUAUUUGCACACCGCUCUUGUACUUACGUAUGAGUACGCAAGUAUUUUUAUAUACAUAUAUUUAUGGCACUAUUACAUUUUCUAUGCCUAACCAUUGUCCCUCCAUUGGCACUACGAGCUCGUAGUAUAUUCUUAUUGAAUACAUGAUAUAUACCUCUAUGGCGAGGCUACAUGAAUAAACUGGAUACACAUGAACGUGGAUAUCCCUUUCUUUUCUAUACAACGCUACGAUUCAAUGAUACACCUUUGCUGGCAUCAUCCCUGGGCGCAGGGGUGAGGGGGCGCCCAGGUGUAAAGGAGCAUACUGAUCAUAAGCCCCGAAAUGCUCUACCUGGUGGAUUGGCUGAUGAACUAGCAAGGACUCAGAAAUUAUAAAAGACAACUUAUAUACAUGUUUAUAUAUGUUAUAUGUAGCAGUAUAGUAUAUCUAUACUGACACACGCCCCUAUCUAGUUGGGUACACUAGGUACACUAUUCUAACAACAAACUUAAUCCCAGAUCUCCUAACGACACAAGAUUUUGUGAGAGGGCCCAGUGUGAUCUGGUUGAGGUUGGUAUUACACUGUUUUGUCUCAGUUUUUGACAAGCUGUGCUUGUCCUUUUUUAUGGUUUCAAACAAAAAUUGCAUUAACAUGUCAUAUCAUCCCUGUUGUUUUCAUAAUUUUUUUGCUUAAAGAUGUUAUUCAUGCUAACGGCCAUGCUAACGAUCAUGGACCCUCGUUAGAAAAUCCUUGGACUCUAAACUUCAAUCAUUCAGUUAAUUUCAUUCCUUGAGUUUUUUUGCCCCUCUUUAUCGCUGAGAGGGCUGAUUUGGCUUAGGCUACAAUAAAUCCCAAAAUGUACUUAAAACAAUACAGUAAAUAUUGCUCUUAUCUUUCAGCAUCUUCAGCAUCCAGGAUGAAGUUUAUGACCAAUUGGAUUAGAAAUCUCCUUACAUCGAUUUAGGGGGUAAGAAGUCACGUGACUAUAAAUUUCAAUUUCUAAGUAAGAAACUGAUUAAAGACGUGUCCCUAUAGCAUUUGGAAACAGAUUGUUGAAGUUCGUUCGUUCAAAGUUCGUUCUUAUCAUCUAUUACGAUUGAUGGUAUUUGCUCCUCCGCAGAGAAACUGACAUUGACCGCACGUGAUUAACGCCCCCGCUAAACCCCUUCCGCUUUCCUAAAAAAAUGCCAUCUAUGAUUUUCGUAAUCUAGAUGGAUAUUCAAAUACAUUCAUGCAAAAAAAUCGAUUUUGGCACGCAAAUCGAGCGGGAGCAAUAAUUGUGACACAAACGACCGGACUAGCAAUUCUGAAGCCUUAAGUUGUUCAUCGUUUCUGGAGAACAACUGAAGUGUCAAUUUCGAUUAAUUAUACGCGAGGGAAGAGCUGGAACAGGAAGCCGUAGCUUUGUGGGCCUACACAGGUGAUCAAAACAAAGUCGUGACACAGCAUCGACACAUUCCGACCCGCAAUCUGAGAAUGAUUGUAAACAUUUAAAGGACAAGUGACACGCUUUUGGCGCCAAAUUUUUUUCUUCUUUUAACUUAAAGUAAAAUGCUGUAUGAGAGUGCUGUUGAAAUAUUUGUCCUUUCUGAUUUCAUUUUCCUACUUAAAAACACUUUUCAAAUUAUGGCGGGAAAUGAAUCACGUGACACCGUGACGUAGAUUGUGAUAAUUUGUUAUUGCUGCUACUGGUAUACAAUGCAAUAUUAACGUUUACAACACGCUUCUAAACGAAUUCAGUUCGUGUGGACCUGUCGCGUUGUGUUUCGUAAACUCUCUAUUAAUGACAGGAAAAUUCCGAGUUAUCACAAUGUACGUCAUAGGGUCACGUGAUAAAAAGCAAAAUCGCACCCCCUGCACCCCCUGACUAUAAUUUUUUGUUCUAAACCAGGAAAAACUUACAUCUAAAUGCUGAUCUAUAAGUUAAUGAAAAGAAAAGAUAGGGUGAAAAGUGUGUCACUUGUCCUUUAAUAUUUUUCGAUCCUAAAAAGCUCCUGCUUUAGAUUAAGAUGCAGUUAUCAACGCGUGACCAUGACUCCUUCACGAUUCGGUGGAAAAUAUACGAAUUUCAUGGCGAACGAGAGCCGCACACUGUGACGUCAGAAUGUCACCAAACUGAUUCGGCUUUUGUCGUUUUUUUCUCGGAAAGGUGCAACUUUAAAGCCUUAUAACUUCUAAACUAAUUUGAAUCUUGCAAAAAUAAUGACUUUGCCAUAAUACACGCACCAGAUGCUAACUUUCUAGUCAAUAAAAAAAGUUUGCUGCAGAAUUACAUGAUGACGAAGAAAUGAGCUUUGGUGACUUCGAUACUCUCAGAGAAUUUGUGCAAGAGCAUGUCAUCGAUGGAGACCAAAGUGUUUCAAUGAAGCUCCUUACUGAGAUUUAUGGCCUAAAUAAAGAAGACACGAGAGUCCGAAGCAAAGUUAAAAAAGAUUAGAAAGUGAAUUUGGUGACCAAAUUUUGUUCGUAACCAUUGAUUACCACGAGGCACAAGUAGUUUUAAGUCGCAAAGCCAUCUCUGAAACUAGCGUCAGCAGUUUUGUAAAAGAUAACAGAAGCUCCAUCUUGAAAGAAGCUGCAAAGAUUCUUCGUGGGGAUAUAUGAACAUGAUUGACAACGCAUCCAAUGUUCGUUGGCCACCUGCUGUUGAAGAUCUGAAAGCAGAAGAAAGGAAACCACCUCGAAGUUUGAUCAAAUUCCUUAUACUUUUGCUGCAUUCUACGCAUCACUCCGCAGAAGAUGAGGUGCAUUGCCAUUCAUUAUCAAUUGCUCAAGAUUUAGUUCAUGCAGUUUCUAAGAGAAAGUUCACGACGUUAAAGCAUACGUUGCUUGGAACUGCUCUGCAUAGCUUAAUAGGACAAAGGCUCGCGGUAGAUAUCUUGGCAACGUUCGGAAAUUCUUGCAACUAUGAUUUGGUACAAAGGAUUAAAACUGCACAAGCUGAGUUAGAUAUUGCGGAUUGCGAUCUUACGGUUGAAGAACGUGGCACCAAAAUGAGAGAAGACUUUUGCAUUCGAAUGGACCCGGCCGAAAAAGAAAGACAACUGUUCUUUGAUCCAAUCAAGCGUGCCCCUUGGAAGAGUUUUGCUGAUCAAAGUCUGAAGUCGAAAGUUCGUUCAAAGAGUAAAGAGAAAGAAAAAGAUGUCACUGUUCAACGUGACAUACUCAAGCUGCAAACGUACAUACUCAACAUACUCAACGUGACAUAGCUGCAAAGUCUUAACAAGCACAAACUUCUGUCGAUAUCAACAAAGCCCUUCAGUAUUCACUGUCACCAAUACCCUUAUGCUUAGCAACAUCUGACGGAGCCAGACGUAAAACUGCAAAAAGUACGCUAUUUGGCACAGGUCUUCUCAAGAUAGAGGUCGAUAGCAUUCAUUUUGAGCAAACUGAAAGGAUACGAAGAUGCUAUAUUCUAGAUUUAUCUGCAAUUAUCAGAAGCACAGUGAAACCCUCUAAUACUUUUAGAGAGCUUGCCAAGAAAGUAAUAAGAGAAAUCCCGAAAACGUAUGAAAGUAUUUACAUUCCAUGUGAUGCAUAUAGGGCAGCGACGAUGAAAGAUGGUGAGAGAUGCACUCGUGGAGAAGGAGACAAGUUUGUGAUAAGAAAUUCUGAUAUCAGAAUACCUGCUGAUUUCAAAAAAUUCCUUUCUAACGGAGAAAACAAUGAAAGAAUGUUUGAGGUAUGGGUAAAAGAAGAAGAGUAUGGGAAGGACACUAUAUGUGUUGUAAGGUUUUCUUCGUGAGAUACAGAUAUUCCUGUAAUUCUUCUGGCUAUGCCGUUCAAUCGUCGUGUCAUGAUUGAUAAUGGAACAGGGAAAAGUAGAAAGAUUCUUCACUUAAGCAAAUCUGACCUGAAUGACAUACAAAGAAAGGCAUUGCUGGGGAUGCACGCUUUUUCAGGUAAUAACUAGGUAUAUAUCUUGCAUACUUCGAAAAGGCAAGCACUUGUGCUGGAAACAUGUAAAAGACAACAAAAGGUUUCUGGGGCUAUUUAGCAGUUUAGGGACAGAAGUUCAAAUUAAUGAUGAUCAGCUAAAUGGCCUUGAAGAGUUCGUAUGCGUGAUUUUUGGACAAAAAAACUUAGCUCGGUAAAUGAUGCUAGAAGAGAACUUUUUUGGGAAAGAAUGAAGAGAAACAACAAAAUAACAGAUCUAUCUCUUCUUCCGCCAUGCAAAGGCAGCCUUGCAAAGCAUAGUCGAUGUUUAAAUUAUAUUGCCUACAUGUGGCGAAAUGCAUACAGACCAAUCAUCAAUCUUGAGAGCCCAACAAAUCAUGGCUGGCUUCUAGAUCUGAAGAUUGACUUUGACUUUCUCUUGGAUUAUUCUGACUCCAAUGAUUCGGACACUGAGUUUUAAACCCAACUGUAACAUACGUGUACAUGUAAGUUUACUUUUAACAUUCUUUAUAGCUGUUAUGGCAGUAUUCAUCCCAAACGUGACCCCACAACGGGGGCACUUCUAUAACAUAGAAUACACUGCGAAGUAUUCAUCGUAAAGAUGCAGUCGUCUUAUCUAUGAACACUUACAAUACUUACUGAAAUUUCCUCGUGAAUAUAUAUAUUUAUACCAUAUUUAUACGAGUUAGUAUGCUAUGAGCAGUGCCCCCACGCAGGGGCAAAGACUCAUGAAAUCAAUUGAAAGUUUCAUACGUAAAAAUAACAUGAAAUUCGGAUUCUACACCCCAGAAUUAACCAGAAACUAUAUUUUAAUGGGCAGCUUUACCAGUACUUGUGAAAAGCCCCCUUUGAGGGGAUCAAUGGAUGAAGGGCAGUGUUAGGGGCAAUUAAAGUUCUUCAGCUAUUUUCAUACAAUUAUCUUAUUAGAUUAUUUUGUUGUUGCUAUCGAUUGUAGGGCUAUGGGAAUGUUUUUUAUGUAUCAAGUAAUGACCCCAUUUUGAGGGGCAAAUACCCCCAUAUCUCGUGAAUGCCCCCUUGUAUGACAGAACAACAUCAAAAUUCGGAUUCUACGCCCCCAAAUUAACAAUGUGAACCUAAUCACAAAACUCCCUCUCUGGGUGGUGAUACUCCCCCUUCUACUAUCGGACUACUAUUUAUGUUCAGGAAAGCAAGAAGAGGAUUCUUGUGAUAUUUUCUUCUUAGCUGAAAAGCCUAUCUAUUUCAUUUUCUGUUUCACUAUCAUAUACGGAUAAAGAAGAAUCGCUUUUACGAACAUCAAGGGAACUUGCGUCGCUAGAGUAGAUAGCUGAUUUGCAUUCGGAACGCGAGAUCGAAUCGAUAUGUUCAGCUGGGCUGUGAUAGACCCUAGCGUGAAGAUAUAUGUCAUGGUUUUCGAUUUGGUUAAUUAAUAUGGAUGAAUGGGCCAUUUCAAUGUUACAUGUGUGUUCUGUAACUGUUAGUCACACACCGUUUUAAAAAUUUACGAGGUUCCCGGCUAAAAUACUAUUUCCCUGGUAGUUCAGGUGAAGUCCCAAUUUAUCAAGGUGUCUAUUUUCAAUAUUUUCAUGUUCGAUAAAGCUUAUUUUGCUUCUAGAAAGUUCUGCCUUGACUAAGUCAUUUACCUUUCUUUGCUUAAUCUCCAAUUCAUACGAAUCUACCAUUUUUAUGAUACUGGCAACAGCAACAUUUCUCACGAUUUUCUUCGCUUCUGUGGCCAAUUCAAUUCAAUUAAUUUUUUUGCCGUUACUUCGGGAACUUCAGAGCGUAGGCUUCUUGAUUGUCGUCUAUAGUAGGCUUGAUAUAUGAUUUCAUUUGACCAAUUGUGGCUCCGGUGAAAGUUUUUAAUGAUGUUUAGGCGUAUGGAACUUCGGUAUUUAGAUCUUGCCUCCUGAUCUUAUUUUACCAUAGAGUCGCCGAGAAUAGAAAAAAGCUGGCUUUCUAGGGCUUCUAGGCCUCCUUGGACCUUGUUUAGUUUAUCAAUAUCCUUUCCGAGUUUAUCAUCUGAGUUGCUCGUUGUUCUAGGAAACACCCGACUAUCUUCAAUGGCUGAAUACUCUCUGUCGUUUGGGAGUUGUGUUGAACACUCUUUUAUUGUUAAGGUAUCCAGGCAGUUGAAUCUGUUCGCUGUUUCCAGAGGCUGUAUCAAAGGAAAGCCCUUUCCAUUGACGUUUCUCCACUCUGAACCUCGAUCCUGUGAUUUGGACUUUGUAUGUACUUUCCAUUCAUCAGCUGCAUGCUUCGUUUGUAUGUUUGAAUCAGCUAUAUUCCACUGGGGCGAUGGUCUAAGAGCAACUUCACAAAUUGGGGCAAUGGUCUAAAUGACGUAAUCUUCUCCUUCAACUUUGUGUUUUGGAACUUUAGGCCAGUGUUUUCAUCAAGUACAGGUUUUUUCUCAUGCUCAAGUUGACUAUAUCUUGAGAAAAACAUGGUAAAAUCAAUUUUAUUGAUUUCUUCGGUUUUUGGAUUUUUUUGGCUUAUAUUUGUAAUUUCUUCCACUCGUCUCUCAACUUUGUCCAAUCUGUCCAAAAUAAGCGCAAGAGUUUUUCGACUUGUCUGGUCUUCGUGUAAUAAAAUUUCGACUACUUCAUCUGAGAGAAACGAAACUCUGUCCUGGUUUUCGUGUGAUGUAAUUUCUUCGUACCCAGUGGCUACAACCUUCCCUGUCUUUUCCUUUACUUCUUCCGAUCAUAUUUCUCCGCUUCUGAAUUCCUCUGCUCCAUUAAAUACAGGCUGUAUUAUCAGAGACUCAUGUCCACCAUGAGGGGUAUCUUUUAUUUUUCCUUGCUUCAGCAUGCAAUCCAACGAUGUCUCAAACAUGCUUUCAUUUAGGCCAUACGUCUUGUUGAGGGCCUUGCAAAUUUUGGCGGAGUAAGCGGGUUGGUUUUUCUCGCGUAACUUUGUUAUUUCAGCUAAUACAAGAUUCUCCAAAUUUUCCAUAUUCAGUCUCAUAAUCAUCUGUUUCUAGUGCUGUCAAUUAUAAAGAAGCGCCGAAGGCGCUAGAUGUCUAAACACACAGCUAAGCUGUGAGGCAAAUUUGUUUACUUCCGCCAUUUUGAAUAGUGGCAAAAAGGAACUUGCUCCAUACUGAACCCUUAUAAAUUUGGUAAAAUUAAGUAUUGAUUUCGUUCACUUCUCUUUCGAAUAUCGAUAUGAAAUUUGGUGAAUGGCCUUAUAUUGCACUUAAAUUUGCGAAUUGUUGUUAAUAUUGGAAAAACAAGCCGUCAUUCGCAAUUUCCAAGCUUUUACAGUCGCGGUGCUUGUUGUGGUGUUUUCUGUCUCGUCAAAAUUCCAGAAAAUAAUGAUUUAUCUGUUUUAAAUCGGAUCCGGCAACAAUGUUUGGCCACUUAAUGCAUAAUUUUCUUAACACAUUUGUACAAAGAUGUGAUUUAGUUACUUUUUAUUUCUUUUUUUACAGAAACUGCUAUGAAAUAUCUAGGCCUAACUCUAGAAAAAGCUGAAAAUAGGUCAUAAUUCAAUGCUUGGAUAUUAAUAACAGAGUUUAAAUAUAGUAACCAAGUUUUUGAUUCUAUAUAAUCAUUAAUAUUUUUAGACUAUUUCAUAACCCCACUCGUUGCUUGUAAUUAUUCUUCAGCACAAUGCGUCCCUCCCCGUAACUUUAGGCCUAUAAAAUACCUUCGAGAAAAAUAGUUGUGAGCCACGAGAAAACCAUUCAUUUUUAAAAUGGCGGAAGUAAACAAAUUUGCCUCACUCGGCAGUACGCAGCAUGACCCGAGUUGACAUCUAACGCCUUCGGCGCUUCUAUAUCAUUAAGUGCUGUCGCCAUUCCAAAUCUCUUUUAUAACCCCAGCACAUAAGCCCUGUCCACACUACACAAACUAACCCAGGUUCGCCCCAGGUUUUAGCUAACCCAGGUUAGAUUUUGCAGUGUGGACACAACUAACCUGGGUUCGCCCUGGGUUAGUUUAACCCAUCUCCAGAGGUCUAACCUAGGUCGAACCCAGGUUAGUGUUCUAAAUUUCUAGUGUGGACACAAAACCUGGGGCGAACCUGGGUUAGUUUUUUUAACGCAUGCGCAUAUUUGAAUAUGUUUUCAUUUUGCGCGCCGAAAAAUAAAAAUACGUUACAUGCAAACACCAGGCAAGAUAUGGAAACUUGCGAAAAAGAUCGUGGAUCACUAUGGAGCCGCGAAAAAGUUCUCAGCUUCAUAAGUAUCUGGAGAGACGAAAAGAUUCAAGAACAGUUGGAUAACUGUACAAGGAAAAAACAUGUUUACGAAAAGAUGGCACAGCGCCUAGAAAAAGAAAGUGGCUACGAGCGAAACUACAUCCAGAUAAGUGAAAAAAAAACAACUAAAACAGUCUUAUAAGAAAGUUAAAGACAACAACAACUUGUCAGGAAGAGGGAGGAAAACAUUUGAAUAAACUGCAACUUCGGCAACUUCCAUCUUGAUCGUGUUUAUGAAAAAUUUGUUUUGUGUCGUUGUUUUGUUGUUGUUGUAAUUUAACUACACAUGCGUAGCGUCAGCUAACCUGGGUUCGCCCCGACUUUGUGUCCACAUUACAAAACAUGAAAAUCAAGUGUGGACAAAACAGGGUUCGCCCCAGGUUAAAUUUAACCUGGGGCGAACCUGGGUUAGUUUGUGUAGUGUGGACAGGGCUAUAGUAGCGAACCUGACUGUUUCACGAGAGCAACUGAAUAAGGACUACGGUCGAUUUUUGUUUAACUGGUUUGUUUGAAUCAGUAAACCGAUGAGUGCAUUGGUGUAUGUCUUCUUUCGACUCAAUUUCUUUGGCUUGAAAUUUGCUCAUUUCAUCCCUUCUCCCAUCAAGGAGCAUAUCUUUAAGCGAAUAGUCAGGGUUAUGUAACGCUUUCCUUCGGAUUUUGUUAGAAAUGCCUUCAACAAAAAUCUGUAUUUCGAUUUCGAAGUCUGUAUCCGUAAAUGUACAAUUUACAGAAAGAUGUCGUAGCCGUGUGUGAAAAUGAUCUAAGGUCUCUCCUUGUUUGCAGGAAAUUUUCGAAUUGUGAUGCUUCUAGUUCCCUGGAAAAUGCACUCUUUUAAGCAGAUUUCACUAAAGCAAUCCUCCUAAUCCUAUUGAAAAUUAUUGUCUUCUUGCAACAAUUUCGCCGUGGUCUUGAAAAAUACCAGGUUGUCAGUUUCUUCUAAAUUUAGAUCCCUCACUCCACCUUAGCAUGCCAGAGAGUUGUUUUCUUCCUUUUCGGUCAAGCCAAUGUCGCAUGUGCCCAUUGAAAGAAUAGGCCUAAUUCCGCAGCACCCAUAGCACCCAACUUAAUCCGGCCCUGGUUCAAGAUGCUAACCUCCAAAAUUGUGCUGAUAUAUUUUCGGGCAGAGUUUUCUCUACUCUCCUGCAAAAUCAAGAAAUCAAUCCACUCAGAAAUCAAUCUACUUUAAUUAUUUUUCGUUCCUCGGUCCUUCUUUUCAGUAGCGAAAUUCCGUUUAUACGCCUGCCGCCAGUAACUACAUGAAUUUCCCAUACUGACGUCAUGAAACAAUCAGACGUCAAAAAGCACACUUUUGAGCUUAAAGCAAGAUAAAACUUCAAUUAACACAAGGUAAGUAGCAUGGAGGAGGUCGCUGAGAAUGUCAAGCUAGUGCUUAAAGGAAAUAAAUGGUUGAAGCAAAAGGAGAGUCCUUUCGUGACCUUGGCACAGGAGGGUAUAAGAGCAGAGGAGCUACUAGGGGAAGGGGCUUUUGCCAAAGUGGUUUCCGCAUAUCACGAGAAACUGAAAAGAAAGGUCGCAGUCAAAAUUACUGACAAGCGAAAAGCUCCGGCGGAGUACCUCGAAAAGUUUCUUCAGCGGGAGAUAAAUGCGAUUUGUGAACUCGAUCACCCCAAUAUUGUAAAAUUACUGGGGAUUUAUGAAUCUACUGAUCGCAUUUUCAUGGUUAUGGAGCUAUGUGAAGGUGGUGAUCUUCUUGAUUUCGUUAACGAGCAAAAGUACAGAAGUGAAAUGGAAGUAAAGAGACACUUUCAAGAACUGUCAUUGGCUAUCUACCAUACACAUCAGCGAGGUGUUGUGCAUCGCGAUUUGAAGCUUGAAAACCUCAUUCUCGAUUUUCAAGGAAAUCUUAAAGUUACAGACUUUGGUUUCGCCCGCCAUUCAGUGAAAGGAAAUUUACUGAACACCUGUUGCGGAUCUUUUGCCUAUGCAUGCCCAGAAGUGUUACGCGGCGAGGCAUACGACGGUUUUGCAUCCGAUGUGUGGAGUAUGGGCAUUAUAUUGUACGCCAUGUUGACCUGUAAACUUCCUUACACUGAAAUCGACCUGAAAAUGCUGGCCAAUGGCUCAAGUGUUAAGAAGCUAAAAUUCUCUCAAGAUACCCCUCAAGGUGCUAGAGAUCUUGUUCGGAAAAUGCUGGAAUGUGACCCUUCCGAGCGUUUCACAUGUGAAGAGAUUAUCAGUCACGAAUGGCUUAGAGACGAAAACUUCCCACCAGAAAGAAAUUUCAUCAUUGCUGGAGAUGCAUUACAAAGAGGUUGCGGGAGCAUAAUAAACAAAACCUUUAAUUGCCAAACAGCAAACAGUGUCAGCAGCGGGAUUUCCGAGUUGUCAGUUGGGAGCAGCCUGUCCGUUAAUGGCCAAAUCCUCAGAAAUAGAGACGACUUGGGCAUUGUUACAAGCGAGAAACAUUCUAAUGUUCCUGGAGAAGAAGCGAACUUCAAAGUUUAUGCUGUCAGAAGAUCAACAAUAACUAGUGCUGACAACCAGCGAUUGUUAACUAAUAUAAUGCAGCAGCCAACAACAAGAUUUUCAAAGACCGUCAAGAAGAAGAAAGUGGCUCUCAUGUGUCUAGGAGGGCUAGGAAAAAAGGCAAAAGACUCUGAUGUCAGCGGGACAAUUAAAUUCCAAGAUAGUGGAAGAAAAAAGGAAAACCUGUAUGAUAUCGUUUCUCAAGUAACGAAAGCAAAGACGGAAAAAGGAAAAACAGAAAAUCAUCUAAGUGAUGACGAAUUUGGACAGGAGGAUAGUGACGAGGAAUGCAUUAAGCAAAUGAGACGCGAGUUGGAAUGCUUGGAAAAUGAUGGAUUAACACUGGAAGCAAGAGAAGGAAGCCAAGCGCCAGUAGUGGAAGAGAAAAGAAAGCUUCGAUCAUGGAGGAAAGUGUGCGGCCGGCUCACAAGCAAGGGCUGAUAACGAAAUCUUGAGUAGAGAAAAUAUAAUUAUCUUCUAUUUGGCUUAAAAGAGUCUAGAACAAAAUUGGAAUGCAGUUGUAAUUACGUAACAAAGAAAUUUAGAGCGUUCAUUUUUGCCAUGGCAGGAAUUAUUGUACCACAGAUUUGAGUCAAAAAGAUAAUUCAAAUUUAAGUGAAUACUUUUUUGUCAAUUGAUUCAUUUAUGAAAAUAUAGCGUUACUUUAGAGCUAUCUAUUGAAAUACCUAAUAUUGCUUGACAAAGUAUCAAACUAUCUUUAAAUAGACAAAAUUGACAAUUUGUACAAAUAUGUUCCAGAAGAAGUAACAGAAAAUGCCAUUUUCAGAUAUCUAAAGAUUGAAGCCAGUACUCAAUGCAUUUUCUUGGUGCUGGGGGUACUCAAAGAAUUUUCUUUUCUUUUCAGCACCAGAUCUGAAGGUACCUUUUCUAAUGACAAACCGUUCAUAAGCUUAUCACAAAACUGAGACACGC